CGCGCGCAACGCGCACAAUCCCUGAUCAGCUGCCGGGAAACGGGGCUCUGGACGAGGGGGCCUCUGCUGCCCAAGAUGGGGUUCCGUUGGGCAUGCGUGGCUCUGCUAUUUAACAUCUGCAUCCUGCAAGCAUGCCUCGCAGGACGCGCGGUGCACGGUGCAGGCAGAAAGACACGCCAAAUCCAGGCAGUGCCCCAUGUCGUCAGGAAACGGAACCUCCACGUCAGCCUCGUUAUCGGGCCCCAGACGGAUUACGAGAAACAGCUCAAGAUCGCGGGCUACCAUACCAAAGUACCCGAGCCACCCAUAAGUGAGAAGCAUACCGAAAAGGACUCCUUUGAAGACGACGAUAGCGAGGUAGACGACACUUUGGAAGGGGUCAAUACAAAUCAGAAAACCACCCGUUUCUGGAGACAUCGAGGUGCGUUCGGUGAAGGAAUGCUCACUCGGAAGAGGCUCAUCACAUUUCCAACGCCUCAUACUCACGACCCAAUGCUUGAAGAACUGCGCCAUCACCGUACUCGCCAAUGGAAGAACUUACUUCAGCUGAUGACUUCUGAGAAGCCAUCGCCUCGCCAGAGACGAAGGGCAAUGGCUAAGCGAAUCGUCACGGACCCGCAGGAAGAUCCUCUCGGUAUCACGAGCUUAGAUGCCAAUACCACGUCUCGUCUUCUGUCAUCUGGUCACGGCAUCACACUGCCUCCAGGGUGCGUCUGCGCCUACGCUGAAUUGGUAGAGCCCUGGAAGAGCAUGCUGAAAUUAGUCUCUACAAACCAAACAGGAGGGAUCCUGCAAGAAAUCGUGCGGGCUUCUAUGUCCAACACCAUCGAAAUCCAGCGCGCCUAUGGCACAAAUUUUACGUCAUGCAAGUGUAACUGCACGGUAACGUCAUCACAGCCGGCUUCGAGGCAGCCUCUAGUCAGAACAACAACCGAAAACUAUGGGAGAACACUCGACAGUGUCAUCUUAUUGGCAACAAGGCCAAAAGGGGUGAAAGAACCUUCGCCGUCCGGCUUAGACCACCAGUGUCCCAGACGCGUCUACGUCCAACUUCCUGGAAACGAAUUACCUGUCACUGCGCGUGAAUGUAAACAGCUAUGGAUGCCACAUUUUAGACUCAAAGACGAGUCGUACUGGGACUGCGAGGAUACCGCUUCUCACGGGUGCAGAAAAAGUACAACUGACAAACAACUUUUUUUAGGAGUAACAUCCGAAAGACGUACGGCUUCGGGAUCAUCAUUAAAUCGCACAAACAGCGUCACAGCUAUGCCGCCAUCAACGAAGACUUGCGCAAAGGAUAUGGCGUCGAAGACUAGGGCGGCGGCAGCGACGAACACCAGCUCCACACCGAUGAAGCAUGUGUUGCAAAUGUACCUACCGUUUCAAAGACAACAGGCACAGUUCGACUUGACCAUGUCGACUUGGCCAAAAGCAAAACAUGAUCACUACGGGGUGACGUCGAGAUUUAAGAUGAGCAGAGAGACAGAAAGACGAACAAACAGAACAACUGUAAGAGCGACGAGGCAAACAGCACCACCCACACUGUGUGUUACGUUGAACCCACAGCAAAUGAAACAGUUACAAAAGCUUAAUGCGACUUUGGUCGGCAUGUUGAAUGCCAUGUGUGAACAGAAAUACACAGCUACUCCCAAUUGCGUUGCCAGUGGUGGCAAACAAUGCAAUAGCGGACGACAAAUUACACGAAAGUCUACAACCGUACCGACGACCUUAAGCUCGGCGACCACCUUCUGGAAGUCUUAUUCAACAAUUAGAUUAAGUAGCUCCAGGACUCACAAAGACACGCCGCGUUCUCCAGUGCUAACUACAUUGAAGACAGUUCCGCUUAGGGAAGGCCCUAGUGCAAAUUUCAGUACGUUAACGCUGUUUCCGUGGUUUAACAGUUCGCUUCCGCACGCACACAUCACACGAAAACAUCAUCAUCAUCAGUUCCACGGUGAUAAUGAAAUGUUCGAAACAUUGGCGCCGACUGAAAAACAAGAUCUGGAAACCAGUGGAUCCCCUCAAGCGUUUGUUGUGCCGUUCCGUAAAGCUCCUCAGAUGAACACAACGAACUUUCCAUACCCCUACGACGAACCGAAACAUGGGAACCAGAAUCACAAUGAAACUAGUGAUUUUUCCUUGAGUGAUAUGAGAUUUUAUCCGCAAGAUGCUAAGCGCGAACGCGUGUCCGAAACUGGAUAUCGGAGAUCAGAAACCACCAUGUGUUCUAGCACAAAGAGAGCACGAACAACAGUUUUCGAAAUAAUAUUGGGUAUCAACUCAAACACUUCAAGUAACAAGGAACGUUCUCGAUCGCAGCAGACAUUUAGAAAGAGGCACGCCAAGGGAGAUGAUGUCCGUCAAGGCACUGACGCUUUUCCGCUCAACCGCCGUGGUACCCAACGCGACCGAGCGAAUGCACCACCGCUGGAAAUCGGUUUACUGAAAUCGAAUUUAAAAUUUAACUACGUUGCACACACGCGUGAAAAUAUUAGUCGCUCUCCGGGUGAUGAAGGUUUAAGACGCGAAUUAAAGCACGAUAGAGUCUCGGCAGAUAAUGAUGAGAAUGAUGAAUACGAGUAUUAUUACGUCUACGAUGACGGACGGAAAGUUCAGGUGUAACUUUGCUUUGGGUUGUGAUCGAAAGGCCGACCCGCUGCUGCUGUGCGGCGCCGUCGUGACCAAGGUGACAUGAAACGUCCGCAAGGAGGAUGUAUCUGCCUUACCCAGCAUUCUGUUGGAAUUAACGCCACAAGGAGUAUUAAGCUUACGUGUACGAGAGCGUUUCCGCGGUCAACUUAUUUGCCAAGGGUCUUGGUGAUGUUAUAAGCGAUGGUGAAGAAGAAGUAUGACUGAUCUAGUCGAAAUAAAUGACUGCAAUGA